AUGAACCAUGGUGCAUGCAUGGAAGUAUUCGGGGCGGAGAAGUCUCAGGCCUCUGCUAUGGAAGUCCUGGAGAAACCGCCAUGCACGGUCCUGUACCCACAAUUUUGUGUUCAGGCGCUUUGUGGCUUCGAUGGAUCUAACUGUGGAGUUAAGUAUGCGUCCUUCGCAGCCUUCGCACCGGCAGUGUUGGAUACGGAUGCCGGUAUGCCAUGUUUUCAGACCUGUUGUCGCAGCGCGGGCUUCGAAGCACGGCGCCGUUGCCCGGCGGGUGUGUUGGGGCCGCGGGACAUUGAGGCCGCCAUCAUGGACACGGGCGGCGAUGCAGGGCGCGCGCUAGCCUGGUACCCCGGGUUGUUGAUGGCAUGGCGGUUUGAUAAGGCGGAUACAUUCUUCCGGGAGAAUCAGCUUCCAGCAUACUACGGCGAAAUCGACUCCAUCCGAAAUCACCAAUUGAAGCGUUCAGCCGACGCUGCUUCACUGCGAGUCGCUGCGACACAGCGAGUCGCGACAGACCCAAGUGUCAUUGUCCCCUUCCGUUCUGCCGAGGGACUUGAGCGUGCGGGACACGUUGAGCUCUUUGAGCGGCUCAAGGUGGUCACAUCCGCAUUGAUCGCCGAGCAGGCAGAUCGAAUAGCGCUGGACAGGGAGAUUAAGCGGCGGACAUCCCUUUUCCAGGCUGAUAGAGUGAGGCUACAGGCAUACGCUCGGGCAGAUGCAUCACGCAGUGAACUCGUCCGACUGCUCGAAACAUCACAACAACGAGGUAUGAUGCAGUGUCGGCAUGCGCGCCAGCUCAUCAACCCCCGGAAGAUGAUGAUGAUCGGGCCAUACCUCAUCAGCUUCCCUGCACUGCGCGCGCUGAGCAAGCUCAUGCCCCAUGUCAACAUCUCGUCCCAGGAUCUCAACUACAAGGACAAACAGAACCAGCGUGCCACUCUCAAGUAG